CCAGCAAAACUAUAGAAAUAUGAGAAGUGGCUCACUCGUCUGCUUUGCCUAAAAGACAGAGGUCCUGCUAUCCUUUCAUUUACAAUAACUGCUUCUUGUCUUAGCUUUUUACUUUUUCUCAUAUGUCCCCUUUUAAUUGAAACCUUAAUACUUCAUAUUUUUAUUUGGAAAAUGGACUCCUUAAAAGUCAGUACACCUUUACUGCAUCUAGUUGUCUUCAUAAUAUACUGCAUUUUGCAAGGCACCUGUCAACAACACCACAGAAUAGCUGGUGGUUCCAACCCUUCAUGGAGGCAGAGGGUGCAGUGGCAGAACAAUGGGAGAGUAUACAGCCUACUGAGCCAGGGCUCUGAGUAUCAGCCAUCAAGGAGAAGAACUUCUGCAUCGGGUUCACCUAACAAUCCUUUGCUGCUAUUAAGCAGUAGAAAUAGUACAUCUCCAGGAGCUUCAGUGAGACCACAAGAUUCCAGACCUGAAAACCCUCAGACUGAAGUUCGACAAGCCACAAGCACAAAUCAGGCAAGUGAGACUGCAAGUCGUCUCUGGUUCCAAGCUGGCAGACCAAGAAGUCAAGGAGAGGAUGCUUCUCCUAGACAAAGAAGCAGACAAGAGAGUGCUUCUGACAGGAGACACACUGCUGCUCAACCCAGUCCACAGCCAUCACAAAGAGUAAAUGCAACUACAAGCAACAGAGGCAGGCUGGAAAGGAUGCAAGGAGAUGAUCCAUAUAACCCUUACAAGUAUGGUAAUGAUGACAAUCCUUAUUACAACUACUAUGACACCUACGAGAGGCCAAGGCCAUCUGAUAGACAACGACAUGGCUACGGUACCCGGUAUCAUCAGAAUGGGCUUCCAGACUUGGUUCCAGAUCCCUACUACAUCCAGUCCUCCAUUUAUGUGCAAAAAAUGUCCAUGUACAGCCUGAGAUGUGCAGCUGAGGAGAACUGUCUUGCAAGGUCAGUCUAA